AUCAAUAUCAUCUCUGGUGCCUUCAAAAAAAAUUUUAAAAAAAAUCAUUUCCUUCCCUCCAUCCACAUAUUAUUCUGCUAACGCCCAUUGCUCAUAGAUUUCAGGCGGUAUUCAAUUCAAGUUCCAAGAGCAGGGAUGGUCUUGGUUACGGCCCGAAAUUUCAGACUCUCUGCAGUUUCAAAUUCACCAAUUCUUCCAGAGACUGGCUUCAGAUGGUCUUUAAUCUUGCCUAGAAAAAUUUCCUUCCCAUUUGUUGAGCAUCCGCUUCCUUUUAAGUUGAGUAAUCCACUUAUAGUUCAUGCCAGAAAGAGAAAUUCAGAAUCGGAGCCAGUUCUCAAACGAAACAUUGUCGAGGAAGUGUCGAUGGACGAAGAAGAGGACAUUUAUCUCGAUGAACUUGAAGAUGAUGAGAUAAUGGACGAUGAUGGCGAAGAUUACUUUGAAGAAGAAUAUGUGGAGGAUAAUAAUGCUGAAGUUUAUGUAGGGGAUGGGGGGGAAGGAGGUGGAAUUUCCCUUGCCGGGACAUGGUGGGAUAAAAAAGCACUGGCUAUAGCUGAAGAAGUCAUUCUUUCUUUUGAUGGCGAGUUGAAGAUUUAUGCCUUCAAAACAGUCUCUAAUUCCACUGUUCAAGUGCGCAUUGAAAAGCUUUCGAACAAAUCUGGUUCCCCCAGUAUGGAAGAUAUUGAGGCUUUUUCUUCAACAUAUCGAACACGAUUGGAUGAAGCAGAGCUUGCUAAAUCUGUGCCAGAGAACAUAUCUUUAGAGGUCUCAUCUCCUGGGGUUGAACGGGUUGUUCAGAUUCCUGAUGAGCUGGACCGGUUCAAAGAAAGACCAUUGUACGUGAAAUACACAAAUGAUAUAGCUACAGCUGGUUCCUUCUCAGAGAGCGAUGGGGUUUUCAAACUUGUGUCGUUUGACUUGGAAGCAAGAUGCUGUUCUUGGAGUUUAGCAGACGUGAGGAUAAAUAGAGAGAAGGCAGGGAAAGGAAGACCACUAAGCAAAAAGCAAAGAGAGUGGCGUUUGGAGACUCCCUUUGAUUCAUUACGUUUGGUUAGGUUGUAUUCUGAUUUUGAUAUGUAAUAAAAUUUUGGUUGGAAUUUGGCACCCCUCAUUCGAGGUGUCAUACCCCUCGGUUGAUUUUAAGAUCGAAAA